AUGAUUAACAAAAUGCAAUACAAACUACACUACACUCGACGACCCUCGUGUCAGGACAUAAUAAAUGAGCAAGCUAAAUGGCGAUUAAGUUUCAACGAAUUUUUCCAACAUUACACCUGGAAACACAUCGCACGAUAUAUUGACCUGGAUCAAUCGCGACCAAUAUACAGUGUAUUGCAACGUAAAUUCAAACAAUACGAGGACGAAAUGAUUGUGCUUGCUAAAAUUAAAAAACAAAAAUUGAGAGAGGGCAUUUUUGAUGAAGCAUCACCUACUUCAGUUGAUGACCAGGGAGGUCAGCAAGCAGUAACUGACCUGGACCUAAAAGCUACUGUUCCCCUCGCAAACAUCGAGUCCUACCUAUGGGGCAGUUGUUUGGAUAAGGAGUUUGCGUUGAGUGAGCGGACCAUAGGGUGCGGUAUAUUCGGUGUUGUAGUUAAGGGUAGACAUCGACUGGAGAACAGGGAUUACGCCAUAAAACUGGAGUUUAUUUGCGCUGACUCCGAGCACAGCCUACUCCAGGAGUGCAACCAAAAGCUCCAUCGCCUCCAACCCUGGGCUGAACUCGACUCCAUAUACUGCGCCAAAUACAGGCGCUCGUGGAUGGAAAGGGACGACCGAUCGCGUGAUCGCUUCAUAGACUACUGGCGCGACGCCCAGGAGGGCCGGCAGUCUAAGGAUGACAUCCGACACAUCAUUAACGCCGUAUACCGUCCGGCCCGACAUUACGCUAUACUACAC